AUGUCUGGUGAGCUGAUUAUCAAGGAUCAGCCCGCCGACGGAUCCGACACAUUCGCUCUGCCCCCGGCAGCUCUGGGUCCCAUCCGCGGCGACUCGGUGAGCCGACGAUCUUCCCAUUCAGACCCAAGUUAUGUUCCGGCCUCGCCCACAUCGCCCGAGCUCGCGGCCCGGGGUCGGAAUACUCAGCACGCACGGUCGGGAACCGCCACCAAGCGUCCGCUCGAAGACUUCGAUCUCCCGCCGCCACCGACUCGCACUCGCAAGAUCAUCCAGAUGAAGCCCAAGUCGCCCGCAUCCAAGUCUCCGACCAAGUCCAGGGAGAGCGGGAAAGGCGCGGCUCAGGCCUCGUCCGAAGCCACGGCCAAUGCCACCACAUCCAAGAAGAAGCAGCCGAGCGCGACCAGCGCGGCUGGCCGCAAAAUCGCCCGCAAAACCGCCCACAGCCUGAUCGAGCGCCGGCGCCGGUCCAAAAUGAAUGAGGAGUUUGGAACGUUGAAGGAUAUGAUUCCCGCCUGCCGGGGCCAGGAGAUGCACAAGCUGGCCAUUCUUCAGGCCAGCAUCGACUAUGUCAACUACUUGGAACAAUGUAUCCAGGACCUGAAGACGGCCGGUAGUACCCACCACACCCCGGCACCUCCAUCUCCCACCUCCCCGGAGUUCAUCGCCGAAGCAGGCACCGACAUCAUCAUGCAGCAACCUCCCCAGCGUGCCCGCGCAUCCACACAUUACUCCUCCGCCUCCGCUUCUGCCUCCGCAUCUCCAGAGAUCCUGCCUCCCAACAUCCAAAGUUAUCACCCGUCCCCUUCGUUCUCCCCGCGCACGCGGAUGCCCUCCGUGCACACUCUUCCCGAUGCCCCCUCCAUCCUCCCCAGCCCAGCUCUUGGACCCAGUCAAUCGCCUAUGGACCAGCUGCACGAAUUCCAGGGCAUCGAUCACGAAGCCUCGGCGGCGCUACUGAUGCUCACGCAAGAUCGCCGCGGCACCGCGGACUCGAUCAGCGAGCACUUCUCCAGUAGCACGGCCCUAGCGACGCCAUCGGCGGAGAGCAAGGCCCACGCUGAUGCGCACCGGCGGAAAAGGAUGAGUGUUCGGGAUCUGUUGAUCUCAUAA